GUCACGUGAGAGACGCGUAUGUUGCACGGACCAGAUCGCGUAAUGCUGGCUCCCCUUGAAACUCAACAAGCACAUGCACAGGUCCUCGCCACCAUGCCCGACUCUUGACUCUCCGCCGCACCGAUGUCUUCUCGUCACAGCCGAUCGGGGGCCCGGCCAACACCUAGCCGUUCCUCCAUAGUUUCCUUGCAAACAUCCCCACGCCGCCCCGCAGUCGAAGAGGAAUUACCACCGUAUCGGAAGCCAUCCCACCCACUAAACGAACAGGCAUUAACCAAGCUGCGCGCUCUGAAUGGCCCUUCAGUAACUCAGCUGAAGGACCACAAUAAGAAAGCCGCCGAUCGGGUCACAAACGCAGCCGCUCUCGUUCUGGACACUUUGUUUGAGCGGCAAGCAGCUGUGGCUAAGAAGCGCGCGAAGUGGGACAACAAUAUUGGCACGGGGAGUCGGGAGCAAGAUGAAGCACGACUUGCAGAAUUACAAGCGCAGGUCGACGAGUUCAGCAAGAAACUCGAAGAGAGCAUGAGAGCCAUCAUCGAUAACAGCGUCGCCGCACAGCGGAUCGAGGAAUCUCUUGCCUGGUUGCAGACGCACGCACCAGGACAACUCCAGCAAUAUACGACACGGGGUUCUCAGCAGCAGUCGCAACGGGCAUCACAGCGAGCUUCGGGGUCACAGGGGCGGCGCACACAAACCAGAGAUGACGAUGACGAGGAUAUGCAGGACGAGCAUGAGACUCAGGUAUCAAUGGGACCUACGCCCGGCCCUACGCCCCUGGAUGGGUCACGACCCACCCUUACUGGCGUGAGUGAGAUGUACACGGAACGUGUUGAGCGCGGGAAGAGAGACUACACUUCCAUGUCAUACGGCGGCCGUUACGCUAGGAACAAAGAGUACUCCACCUUCAAGAAGAUGGUACACGACGCGCAAUACAGGGACGAUCGCCCGCUUCCAAAUCCGGAAACGUGGUUUACCGAGACAGGCGAACCUGCUCUGGGAGUCACCGGUCGUGGGGAGGACCACGACGACGAUGAUAUUGUUAUGGAGCGUGCUACCAUCAGCAUAAAAUGCCCUUUGACAUUCCUGCCGUAUAAGGAUCCGUACACAAGCUCGAAGUGCCCUCAUACGUUCGAGCGGAAUGCAAUAAUGGAAAUGAUCAGGACGAGCAAUGUUAGGGUCGGAGGUGGAUCCGCAAAUACUGGAGAGAAGGCUGUGAAAUGCCCGGUGACCGGAUGCGAUCAGAUGCUGAGAAUGCAUGAUCUCAAUCACGAUCCGGUGCUUGCGCGCAGAAUCAAGCGCUUACAAGAAGACAAAGCCCGGGAAGCAGAGCAGAGCGACGAAGAAGAGGACAGGCAGGUAUCGGUCUCGCAGCAACCCACCCAAUCUGUCCAGCCGCGGAUUAAAGUUUCAUCGUCAUCGAGACUUCAGGUCCCUUCCGCCCAGGAGACGCCAAGGGGCUCGAUUGUUGAUGAUCUGGGUAGCUCUGGUGAAGAGGAUGAAUAGCCUUUCAUUCGGGUCGAUGUUUCGGAGGGGUUGCGAUGUAUCAAGGCCAACUCAAAGUUUGAGCUCUUGAUCGCUAGAUAUCCUGAAAGCCGCGAAGUGACAUUAGUCCACAGCUCAAGUGUUAGAUAGCUUAUGAGUCUACGAAUGCAUGAUUCGAAUCACACUGUCAGGAUUCAGACAAUCGAUGCUCGAUACGAAAGCAUAGCAUCGCUCGCACAACCAUAUUGUACGCAGGCAACUCUCUCAGAUCAUGUAGUGAAGCCCAACCUCGUAACUGGAAUCUCCCUCUCUCACCCGAGCCCUCCUCCUCGGUUUCGGCUAGGUUCGGGAUCUGUCUAGAAGUGCGUCUACCGCUCUUUCUUUUGAUCUCAGACUCGAAUUGUUUUGCCGUACGCGCCUCCCGCUGUCGCAGAUACCUCUCGGCCGCGGCGCGGAUGCGCUUAGGAUACCUGCGGCUCAAGCGCCGCAGCCUCACAUACAAGCUCCUAU